CCCUCUCUCGCUCUCCUAAUUUUACAUCGGAAAAUUCCAUAUUCAAUUGAAAACUUUUUGGUUCUUUGUUUUCAUUCAUCGCAGUGAUAAAUUUUAUUCCUCGGAAAAUUUCCUUAUAUUAUCAUAGAUGAUAUGAGUUUCAUCAAAGACAUAAUAGACUAUUUAAGCUCAAUCAUCUCCACCGAUAGCUCGCCGUAUGAAUCUACCCCAAACCCUAGUUCUUCCACGUGCCAAAACAUGGAGGGAAUAUCUGGAAACGAACGCACCGCGUAUAAGCUCAAAGGAUACUUCGAUUUGGCCAAAGGCGAGAUCGACAAAGCGGUUCGUGCGGAAGAAUGGGGUUUAGUAGACGAUGCCGUGGUUCACUAUAAAAACGCACAACGAAUUCUGGUCGAUGCUAGCUCAACUCCCACACCUUCGUGUAUCAGAUCUAGUGAACUAGAAAAGGUAAAAUCAUACAGGCAAAAGAUAUUGAAAUGGCAGGGGCAAGUAUCUGAGAGACUACAGGUUUUAAGUCGCCGAUCAGGAGGCACAUCGGCGAACAAGAACACCUUAACUCAAUCACAAACUGCUGCAGUUUCACCAAGAGCAUCAAAUUCUAGGAGAGAGGUAUUACAAAAGUCUCCUCGUAACCUGGUGGUGAGAAACCAGAUUGAUAGAGUUGGAAGUUCGAAAUCUGCAAAAGAACCUGCUAAUGGUUAUGAGUCAAAGUUGGUUGAAAUGAUUAAUACAGCAAUAGUUGAUCGGAGCCCUGCUGUUAAAUGGGAUGAUGUUGCUGGCCUUGAAAAGGCUAAACAAGCAUUAAUGGAAAUGGUUAUUCUUCCAACUAGAAGGCGAGACUUGUUUACUGGACUUAGAAGGCCAGCUAGAGGUCUGCUUCUUUUUGGUCCACCUGGUAAUGGGAAGACCAUGCUUGCCAAAGCAGUUGCAUCUGAAUCACAGGCAACAUUCUUCAAUGUUUCUGCAUCCUCUCUAACGUCUAAAUGGGUAGGAGAGGGUGAAAAGCUUGUCCGGACUCUCUUCAUGAUCGCCAUAUCCAAACAGCCAUCUGUUAUUUUCAUGGAUGAAAUUGAUAGUGUCAUGUCAACGAGGUUGGCUAAUGAAAAUGAUGCUAGCAGACGGUUGAAGUCAGAGUUUUUAAUCCAGUUCGAUGGAGUGACAUCCAACCCCAAUGAUUUAGUAAUCGUCAUUGGUGCCACUAACAAGCCUCAGGAAUUGGAUGAUGCUGUUCUUAGAAGAUUGGUUAAGAGGAUAUAUGUACCUCUUCCAGAUGAAAAUGUUAGAAGACCUCUCCUAAAACACAAACUCAAGGGUCAAGAAUUUUCCUUACCUAGUCGGGACCUAGAACGACUUGUGAGGGAGACAGAAGGAUAUUCUGGAAGUGAUUUGCAAGCAUUAUGUGAAGAAGCAGCUAUGAUGCCAAUUAGAGAGCUCGGUUCAAAUAUUCUUACUGUCAAGGCAAAUCAGGUGAGACCUCUAAGAUAUGAAGACUUUCAGAAGGCAAUGUCAGUUAUUAGGCCCAGUUUAAACAAAAGCAAGUGGGAAGAACUUGAACAGUGGAAUCAAGAGUUUGGGUCUAAUUGAAAUCUGUUUUCCGCUGAGCAGUGCAUUAUUUCCUUUGUCUGUUGAAAGAACAGCUUAAGCAAAGGUCGAAACGCAACUCGUAGCACCGCCUGCGCCUAACCAGUUGUGUAACUAUUAAGAA